AUGUCGACUACAGUAGAUAAGAUCAAGGAGGUCGAGGCCGAAAUGGCCCGGACUCAAAAGAAUAAGGCCACAUCCUUCCACUUGGGUCAGCUCAAGGCAAAACUGGCAAAGCUGAAGCGUGAGCUACUCACCCCAUCAUCAAGCGGUGGCGGCGGUGGUGCUGGCUUCGAUGUUGCCAGAACAGGGGUUGCCAGUGUUGGCUUCAUCGGUUUUCCAUCCGUGGGAAAAAGUACCUUGAUGAGCAAGCUCACUGGCACCCACUCAGAAGCGGCUGCUUAUGAGUUCACAACUUUGACAUCUGUGCCCGGGCAAGUCACGUAUAAUGGUGCGCCACUGCAAAUGAUCGAUCUUCCCGGUAUUAUCGAGGGAGCCAAGGAUGGACGAGGUCGAGGUCGUCAGGUCAUUGCUGUCGCCAAGACAUGUCACUUGAUUUUUAUUGUGCUCGACGUGAACAAACCCCUGACUGAUAAGAGGGUCAUCGAGACAGAACUGGAAGGCUUUGGCAUCCGCAUCAACAAAGAACCGCCCAACAUCACCUUCAAGAAGAAGGACAAGGGUGGCCUCAACAUUUCGAGCACCGUGCCGCUGACCCACAUCGACAACGACGAAAUCAAGGCCGUCAUGAAUGAGUAUCGUAUCAACUCGGCUGACAUUGCAAUCCGUUGCGAUGCGACGGUCGAUGACCUCAUUGAUGUGUUGGAAGCAAAGAGCCGCAGUUAUAUCCCGGUCAUCUACGUCCUCAACAAAAUCGACGCAAUCAGUAUCGAAGAGCUCGAUCUGCUAUACAGGAUUCCCAAUGCAGUACCCAUUAGCUCCGAACACGGUUGGAAUAUCGACGAGUUAAUGGAAGCCAUGUGGGAAAAACUACAACUGGUUCGAGUCUACACGAAGCCAAAGGGAAAGAUGCCGGAUUAUUCGGCUCCUGUCGUGCUUCGGUCCAAUAGGUGUACAGUCGAAGAUUUUUGCAACGCAAUCCACCGCACCAUUGUCGAACAGUUCAAGACGGCCGUCGUGUAUGGCAAAUCCGUGAAGCACCAACCGCAACGUGUGGGGCUUAGCCAUGAAUUGGCCGACGAGGACAUUGUUACCAUCGUCAAGAGAUGA